AACCAUGGAAAGGGUGAUAUCCAUUUCUCUACUUUGCAGUCUGUUAUUAGUCGAUGUUCUUGGACAAUACUAUCUACGAUUUGAUUAUGGUUUUCAUAGAGAUAGAGUGUACGGCUCCGGAGAAACAUUAAGGUGCAGAGGGUAUGAUAGAAAAUUCUACAGGCAAAACUCUACAGCAAAAAUUAUUAUCGGACAAAACCUUGUUAAUGGUACUCACAUAGAACUGUCAUCAUGUCCAAUGAUUAGGAAGACAAGGUGUUCUGCAAAACUCGUGAAUGGUGGAUGUGGACGAGUAAAUUUAACAUGUUCGAUUGUAAGAAAUGAAACCGAAGAAAGGAAAAUAACAAGAGAGGUCCUUAUAGCUGAUGAAGCAUCAAUUGAGUCUUUCUAUAUUCGCCAUAAAGGAGUGAAUAACGAAAAUGCCACACAGUUUUUUCCGUCAGAAAGUUUGAUAAAGGUGGUUUGCCGUGGUGAUGUUUCAACAUUUAAUUAUGAAGUUUUGGAGAACUUGACAUUGACCUGGGCCUGGGGUAACGGGUUUCUCAAAUUUAAGAUCCGCCUUCAGUUCAAACAACAAGAAUUUUCGAUGAACACUGUAAA